AUGGCAAACAAUUCGAAUUUCACUAAUAAUCUUGAACAUACAUUGGAUGAACUUUUAGCCGAUUUGAAAAAUCAUAAUUUCGUAGACUCAUUUCCUGCCGAAACAAAUGUACAAUUCAAUAUUUCAGUUAAUGAUCCAGAUUUGGUUAAUUUAAAGACUAAAAUUGUCGAUUUCUUGGAACAGCAUCCAACCAUUGUUAAUGAAAUAAAAAAAUAUUUCUACGAGGACCUUAUUCUGUAUACUCUCAGGCGUGCAUUGAAUUCCUCAUGUACUAUGCAUGAUAUUACCAAAACAAGAGCAACGUUAAGUAAGUUUUUUCGCACACCGGAUCAGACUAUCAGAAUCAUUUUUGAUCAUUUUUUUGAUGAUGUGAAGCCACUCAUCUUAAAAAGCAAACAGCGAUAUGCGAAACGAUUAUAUCAAUUAAUCCAUUUAGCUCCCAAUGUUUUAGUACGCGAAUCGCUAAUAGCUUAUUUACAAAAAUCAGGAGCAUCUGUUUUAACAGCAUUAAUGUAUGGAAAUCAAACAAAUUUAGUUCAACAAGAAGUUUCAAUUUUUUCUAAUCGAUCGUCUUUGUUAAGACAACCAUUUUUACAUGAUAUGAAAUCUUUUCUUUUACUAUCUUUUUUUAUCUUAAUGUGCAUUAUAUUCGGUUUCAAAAUAUUUCAUUUAAUUUUCUAUUAUUUCAUAGGACUUCUAUGUACUGUUUUUGUUUUAUAUAUCCUUGUUGAAGUCUAA